AUGGCCGCGGUAUCUCCUAUAUCCGAAGGCUGCGCGCUACAAAGAAGUCUGAGUAAACUCGCAACUGCUUCGUCUGGGUCUCCCAGGGUGAAAUAUCAGUCAGAGCCGCUGUAUUUAGUUUCUCUAGAACGCUAUGGCAGAGACCCAAAUUUCGCUGUACAUUUCCCGGACAGCAUUUCUAUGUCGGAUAGUCUGUUCGAUGCGACUGUCAGUGAUGGAGACUGCAGAGUGCGGGUGUCCCUGGAUAGCAGUCUCAAUUCUCUCAUUCACAGAAAUAAACUCCACUGCGGUAGCGUCCUGAGGAACGUGGUGUUCUCUGCUGUGGGUGAUAGUGAAGGGGAUGGGAGGACAUUUCAUAUCUGUAGUCUGGAUGUUGAUAGUACGUGUAGGAGUGAUGCAGCUCUGCGCGCUCUCUCCUCUGUGAAUGUGGACACACUGCAGUGGGUGAUGGUGGCUGAACCGAACCUGGUUCCUCUCAGAGCCCGCAGGAGCACUUACCUCCCUCUGUGGAAUAAUCACGAUUUUACCGGGGAUGCAUGGAGACACACACCCCCGUCUGAAACUGGUGAAGAAGACUCUGAGGAAGAGGAUUUACUGGAAGGACAGCCGGUCAUGUCCCUGGCGGAGGUCCGUCGGCACUUCCUGAGCGGCUCCCGGCGUCGCAGAGGCACUCUGUGUGUCCGGAUUCUGCACAAGUCCAGACUCAUGUAUUAUGGAAAAUCAGACCAGAGCUGUGAAUGCCCUUAUAAGGCUGAGCUGAAGGUGGCAGAUGGAUCCAUGAGUGUGUGUGUGGUGCUGUGGAACACCGUAUGUUUAGACUGGUACCGUUGCCUGCAGCCUGGUCAGGUUUUAAGACUGAGCAGGUAUCGGGUGAAGGAGAGUUACAGCAGCCGAAGCGGACAGGACACAGAACCUAGUAUUGAGAUAAGUCUGAACUCCAGAAAUCCUGCAGUUAAAGUCGCAAUCGUUCCUAAGCAGCAUGUUUCACCCGAGUGGAGUUUACCGGAUCUUCCUCAUAACUUCCUCUGUGGACAGGAGCUACUAAGUUGUCCUCAAAGCACCAUCUGUGAUGUGAUUGGUGUCGUCGUCUUUGCAGGUCGACAAGAACGUGUCAGGAACAAAGCUGGACGCAGGUCAGAAUUCGAGGAGUACAGAUGGCUCCAGUUGGAAGACGGCACCUCAGAUCAUCCAAUCACCAUCAAGCUUUUGUCAACAUCACAGCCGGAUAUCCAGAGCAGAAUCCAACCAAUGGCACUGCUCGUCUGUACUCAGCUCAAGCUUGUAAAAGUCACACUUGGCAGUGCAACAACUUUUGAGUAUCUGGUCAACACACCACAUACCCAAGUGUACUGCACAGGUACUGGUUCUCACCCUGUGAUGCCUUACAAAGGAAUCCGUCCUGUCCGGCAGUUCCUGCAGUGGCUGAAACAGGUGGAUGAAGCAAGCAUGCUGGACAGAGCUGUGAUUGGAGGAUACUUUAGCUAUCCACCCCUUCCUGUUUCACUGCAAAGCUUUAUGGAAAACAGACAAGGAGAGGCUGGAAUGAUCAGUGGAGGAGAAAUGAAGCUGCAGUAUGAACAGCUACAUUACAGAGAAAGACAGCGCUUUGUGGUUCAGUGCACCAUCACUGCAGCCCGCUACCACAGGAGAGAGGACUCUGGGAGGAUUCGUAAUUCAGACCCACUAUCUGCUCAACUCAGCCCUAGGGUGCCAAGACAUAGAGAAAGGUUGGAACCUUUCAAAACACCUCCAAAGAGAAAAUUGCUCUUUGCCACUGAUACUCCAGGCAGCAGCUCGAGGAAGAGGUUGGCACCAGCGUUUCAGCAAAGCUUAACUGAGGAGGAUGCGGAAAAUGAGUUCUCUCUGUUUGAUGGUGCUUUGGAAUUUCUUGUGGGAGAGGAUGAUGAUGAUGAUGAUGUAGAUGACGACGAAUCUUUCUCCACGCCACCCAGCAGUCCUAUGCCGUCCAACCUUGGUAUAGCACAGAUUGCCAUGGAGACAUUACCAUGGCGCUUCUGCUAUGAACGGCGUCAUGUCCAAGCGGCCGCCGUGGGAAUGCAGACCAACAGCUUUAACAAGCUUCUCCCGCACAGAGAGCUGGAGUCGUUUAGCCCCGCCCCUUGUUACACUGGCUACUUCACAUUAACACUGAGAGUCUUGUCAGACGGAGUGCUGCUGGAUGUCCUCUUUCUCCCUGCAACUCCUGGAAGCUUGCACUGGACGCCUUUUCCCCUCACACACGACAACAGCUGGGAGUCCAUCCUAUCACACGGUGGAUUCUCACCACAUGGCCCGCCCCCAAGCCCAGUGGACAUUGUCUCAAAGCAACUUUACAGAAUCCAGGACAGACCCAAAAACCCCAGUGAAGCAAGCCGAGGGUGACCGUGGCAAGGAAAAACUUUCGUAAAAUUACAGGAAGAAACCUUGAGAGGAACCUGGACAGGAUGUGGCAGAAAUUCCUAAAACCAGUUAUUAGGUGAGGUGUCCAGAUACUGUAGGCAAUAACAGUAUUGUGGGAAUUUGAAGUGGACAUUCUGGAUGCAUUGGUAGUAUAUUAAACA